UCACAGACCAGCCGCCGCUGCCCGACCCGCCGAGGUCCCCGGGCGCGGCCCGAGGGUCAGUCACCAAGGCGACGGGCUGAAGGGCCGGGGGUGCGGUGCGGAAACCGGCCGAGGGGCGGGCGCCGCGCCACGCCGGAAGUGCCUGGGUCCGGGAGUGACGUCGGUUCCGGCCGGUUACCGGGCAGCGAUGAGCCGUUCGCACACGUGCGGUCGCCUGGGUCCCGCGGGGGGCGGCCCGGGAAACCCCGGAGAAGGUUACCCUGACUAAACAGGAGCUGGAACAAUUAAUCAUCAAUGCAAAAGAAGAAUUUGAGGACCAGGAGCUGGAAGAUGAACAGACAGCAGAGAGAAGUGAGGAGGUCACUCCUGCCUCUGACACUGAGACUCCAGCGGGGAGAGAGGGAGGAGGAGCGGGAUGAUGACCUGGCAGAGUAUGACCUGGAUGGAUAUGAUGAGGAGGAUGGUGGAGUGAACCUUGGAGAUAGUCUGGGGGGCCUCACAGUCUAUGCCAGCAAUGAAGAUGACCCCUACGUCACUCUUAAAGAUACAGAUCAAUAUGAAGAUGAAGAUUUUAAAAUCAAAUCGAGUGACAACCUAAUAGUGGCGGGGAAAGUGGAGAAAGAUUGCAGCAUCCUUGAGAUAUACGUUUAUAAUCAGGAGGAGCAGAGCCUCUACGUACAUCAUGACGUUCUGCUUCCUGCUUACCCACUUUGUGUUGAGUGGCUCAACUUUGAUCCAAAUCCAGAGAAGCCAGUGGGGAAUUAUGCUGCGGUGGGCAACAUGACCCCGGUGAUCGAUGUGUGGAACCUGGAUGUGGUCGACUGUCUGGAGCCUGUCUUCAGCCUUGGACGGGAGGCACCAACGAAGAAAAGGCGGAAGGGGCCAGAGUCGGGACCAGAGGGACACACUGAUGCGGUUCUGGACCUUUCCUGGAACAGACAUGUCAGGACUGUUCUGGCCAGUGCAUCUGCUGAUGAGACUGUGAUUCUCUGGGAUAUGUGCCAGAAGAAACCUGUGACCUGCCUCACCUCACACACAAACAAGGUGCAGACUCUUCGCUGGCAUCCGUUUGAAGCACAGACACUCCUCUCUGGCUCGUUUGACAAGUCUGUCAUUCUGUACGACUGUCGGAAUCCGAAGGAGAGCCAUCGUAGUUGGAGGUUCAGUGGUGAAGUUGAGCGAGUGGUGUGGGAUCAUUUUUCACCCUGUAACUUCUUGGUCAGCACAGAGGACGGUUUUGUGUAUUGUUUGGAUGCUCGGUCAGAGAAACCACUUUUCACACUCAAGGCUCAUGAUGGAGAAGUAACGGGUCUGGAGCUCAGCAGCCAGGUCAAAGGCUGCUUGGUGACAUCAUCUUCUGAUAAACACGUGAAGAUCUGGGAUAUUUUGGGGAAUAAACCAAGUCUAAUACAUUCCAGAGAUAUGAAAAUGGGUGUGGUGUUUUGUGCAGCGUGCUGUCCAGACUCGCCAUUCAUCUACUCAUUCGGGGGACAGAAGGGAGGUCUCCGCACCUGGGAUGUCAGCCAUGUAUCUGCAGUGAACACCGCUUUUGGAUCUCGCGAGCGAUUACAAGUAGCUGCACCUUUGAGUUCACCAGCCGCUGGUUCUGCAGAUUGCAGUGUGACAGAUGUUGCAAUGGAGUCCUAGCUUCAAUAACAAAGGGUCACCUCAACAUCAGCCUUUCAACUCCUCUGAGAUGGAGAUGGCCUUGGACAGUAUUGGUCAAAGAAAAUUAUGAAUAUGAAUUAGUUUGUUUUAUUCUAUUUUACAAAUCAGAUGUUUCAUGUAAUGUUCUGGUACUUGUUACAAUAAAGUUAGACGACGCAUAUUCCUGUACAA